ACAAAGCGGCUCCAAGAUGGCGGAGGCGGGCGCGGGCAGCCUGCACGGGGGGGACGCGGCGCCGCCGGGGCCGCCCCAGGAGCAGGAGCUGAACCAGCGCCUCCGCCGCCUCUACCCCGCCGUCAACCAGGAGGAGACCCCGCUGCCGCGCUCCUGGAGCCCCAAGGACAAGUACAACUACAUCGGCCUCUCCCAGGGAAACCUCCGCGUCCACUACAAAGGUCAUGGUAAAAACCACAAAGAUGCUGCCUCUGUCAGGGCCACCCACCCCAUACCUGCAGCCUGUGGCAUUUAUUACUUUGAGGUGAAGAUUGUCAGCAAAGGCAGAGAUGGGUACAUGGGAAUAGGACUUUCUGCUCAAGGGGUCAACAUGAACAGGCUUCCAGGAUGGGAUAAGCAUUCCUAUGGGUACCAUGGUGAUGAUGGGCACUCCUUCUGUUCCUCGGGGACAGGACAACCCUAUGGCCCCACCUUCACCACUGGAGAUGUCAUUGGCUGCUGUGUCAACCUGAUCAACAACACCUGCUUUUACACCAAGAAUGGCCACAGCUUGGGUAUAGCCUUUACAGACCUCCCUUCAAACCUUUACCCCACAGUGGGUCUUCAGACUCCAGGAGAGAUAGUUGAUGCCAACUUCGGGCAGCAGCCGUUUGUGUUUGACAUUGAGGACUACAUGAGGGAGUGGAGGGUGAAGAUUCAGAGCACCAUCAAGAGGUUCCCCAUAGGAGACAGACUGGGCGAGUGGCAAGCCAUGCUCCAGAACAUGGUUUCAUCAUAUUUGGUUCACCAUGGGUACUGCUCAACAGCAACUGCCUUUGCCAGAGUCACAGAUACCACAAUCCAGGAAGAACAGACCUCAAUAAAGAACAGGCAAAGAAUACAGAAGCUAGUAUUAGCAGGCAGAGUGGGAGAGGCUAUAGAAGCCACCCAGCAGCUCUACCCUGGCCUCCUAGAACAUAACCCCAACCUGCUCUUCAUGUUAAAGUGCCGGCAGUUUGUGGAGAUGGUGAAUGGGACAGACAGUGAGGUCAGGUGCUUCAGUGCCCGCAGCCCCAGGUCCCAGGACAGCUACCCCGGGUCCCCCAGCUUGAGCCCCAGACACGGAUCAAGCAACUCCCACAUUCACAGUACUGGAGCAGAUAGCCCAACCUGUAGCAAUGGAGUCAUGUCCACAAAAAGCAAACAGGGUCACAGUAAAUACCCAACACUGAGCUCGUCAUCUUCAUCUUCCUCCUCCUCCUCCCCCUCAUCUGUGAACUAUUCUGAGUCCAAUUCUACAGAUUCUACCAAAUCUCAGCAGCACAGUAGUACGAGUAACCAAGAAACCAGUGACAGUGAGAUGGAAAUGGAGGCUGAGCAUUACCCCAACGGAGUGCUGGAAAACUCAUCCACCAGGAUAAUGAAUGGCACCUACAAACAUGAGGAGAUCCUGCAGACAGAUGAAUCCAGCAUGGAAGAGAGCUGUCCCCAGAGGCAGCUCUGUGGGGGCAACCACGCGGCCACCGAGAGGAUGAUCCAGUUUGGGAGAGAGCUGCAGGUGCUGAGUGAGCAGCUCUGCCGAGAGUACGGGAAGAACACGGUGCACAAAAAGAUGCUUCAGGAUGCAUUUAGCUUGUUAGCUUACUCAGACCCUUGGAACUGCCCCGUCGGUCAGCAGCUGGACCCCAUCCAGAGGGAACCUGUGUGUGCUGCUCUUAAUAGUGCUAUUUUGGAAUCUCAGAACCUGCCAAAGCAGCCCCCACUGAUGCUUGCCCUGGGCCAGGCCUCGGAGUGUCUGCGGCUCAUGGCUCGUGUGGGCUUGGGCUCCUGCUCCUUUGCCAGAGUAGAGGACUAUUUGCACUGACCAGCCGACCUCGGGACCGCUGCCCUCCACCCUCUGUCGCAGACACCACCGCCUCGUGUGAUAGCCCAACCUCCCUGCCACCAACUCGAGCACACACACACACUGCCUGGGCAAGGAUGGAGCAAGUCCCUCGCUCUGUGGCUGUCCCUGUCCCCAGGAGCAGGGGGCAGAUCUCUCCCCCACCUCCCUGCCACGGCUGCGGCUCCAGCGGUGCUCGGCAUCCCGCUGGCUCCUCUCCUGUAGCGCCUUCCAGCCUAGGGAUUCCUCUUUGUUUUGAUUUGAGUUGUUUCUCAUGGAUCCACCAGUAUUUUAUCUGGAGAGUUUUGCUGAGCUGGUUUCUGCUGAUUUACUGAGGAAGCUCAUCAAGUUGGUGACAGCUUGUACUUUUCCUCCCUUCUCCCUCCAUCGUGCACACACGGCAUCGUCUUCUGUGCUAGUUACCUGAAAUCUUCUCGCAGUGGCAGUUCAGAGGGAUUUUUUUUUUUUUAAUUUUAUUUGAAAUCCUGUUUAUUAAAAAGGUCUCUUCCACCUCCA